AUGAAGCUCUGUAGCAGGUCUCUAGGUAUCUGGAAGAAAUUUCAGACGCCUGCCCUACUAAAAUGAGAUGGAAAGAUGACAGCUAUCCAUUGCAAUCUGAAUCCAAAUGGUAUUGAUCACCCUGUCCCCACAGAGGGUAUUAAUCUGCAACUUGAAGGUGAAGGAGUUGAAUCGCCUUCUGUUAAGAACACUAGUACUCCAAAAGGGCCAGAGUCAAAAGAGACACCCAAGAGACAGCAAGUGGAGCCAGAAAUAUCUAAGUCUGGGACUGUGAAGCUGACCAAGCCUGUGGCGUUAUGGACCCAGCAGGAUGUCUGCAAAUGGCUGAAGAAACAUUGCCCUAAUCAGUAUCAAAUCUACAGUGAGUCAUUCAAACAGCAUGACAUAACUGGCCGUGCUUUGCUGAGACUUACUGACAAAAAGCUUGAACGAAUGGGCAUUGCCCAGGAAAGCCUGCGACAGCACAUUCUGCAGCAAGUCCUUCAGCUGAAGGUGAGAGAAGAAGUCCGAAACCUCCAGCUGCUUACACAAGAUCUCUACUUAAACCUGGAGCAUGGUUUUUUGAGGGUCAUAGAAAAGCAGCCAGUCCUUACAGCCCAUCAAGUGAUAGAGGAGUCAACGAGGAGAGGUGCUAUGCUAGACCUUGUUCUCACCAACAAGGAGGGGCUGGUGGGGAAUGUGAAGCUCAAGGGCAGCUUUGGCUGCAGUGACGAUGGCAAGAUGGAGUUCAAUCUCCUUAGGGCAGCAAGGAGGGCAUGCAGCAAGCUCACUAUCCUGCACUUCAGGAGAGCAGACUUUGGCCUCUUUGGGGAUCUGUUUGGUAAAGUACCAUGA